AUGUGUGGAUAUAGAAAGUUGUAUCUUCUACUUGCCACCAUCGUCACUGCGGCAAUAGGCUUCGGCAUGAUUAUAUUCGGGAAGAUGAAAAUGAACGAAGUUGUCUUUCUCGAUGCUUUUCUCAGUGAUCAUAUUCACGUAGGAAGGACGUUUAUCGGCUUGGGGGUUUUACUAUUCAUAAUAGCGUUCGUCGGGAUGGCAGGGGUGACAAUGCACAUCAGCCUCUUUCUCCUAAUAUACGCGUGUCUGAUGUUAACGCUUGUAGUAACGCAAAUCGUGGUCGGUGUUACGAUAUUUACACGCAUGGCUACCAUCCGCAACUCUCUCAGUAGGACUCUCGAGGAAAAGUUCCGAACCUACGACCAGCACAAAGCCGAAAUAGACAAACUACAGUCGGUUAUAUUAUGCUGCGGUAUGUCUGGUCCGAAAGUGUGGAAAAUAAAGGAUCUACCACCGUCAUGUUGCGGAAUGGAAAAAGGUAGUUGUUCUGUAAAAUCGGCGUACAGUUCUUCUUGUUCCGAAAAGGCGGGAAAUAUAGUCGAAGGUGGCCUCUACUUCGUGAGUAUCAUCUGCUUCAUUCUCAUCUUCAUUGAGCUGAAAUGUGUCGCCUUAGCCUGUUGUUUGAGCGAUUUUAGCGCUCUGCUUUCGCUUUGUGCGGGACUCGGCGGAGGACCGAAAGAGAAGCCGCAGACAGCAAGUUCAAGUGAACAUACAACAUCUCGAGAGAUUCUUCUGCGCGAGUAG